UUUUUUUGGCUCAGACUUGUUGUUUAUUUUUUUCUUUGCCAUUUUUGAAUUUUGCGCGCGCCACUCCAAAACUGAAAGCUCGCGAUCGGCACACGCUCUCCACCCAUCACACGCAUCCAGCUAUCGAUCUUGUCGCUUGGGUUCUUUUUUGUUCUGCUUUGAGACAGUGAAUGAGUGCAGGCGGAGGAGGAGGAGGAGGAACGCCCAAGCUGGGUCUGCACGCGCCGCCGCCCCCACAACCAGGCCCACCACCGCCGCCGCCGCCGCCACCACCACAGCAGCAGCAGCAGCAUCAGCAGCAACAUCAUCACAUGCAUCAGACCCAACAGGCGCAGCAACAGCAUUUACAGCAGUUGCAGUUGAUCCAGCAGCAAAUCCAGCUUCAGCAGCAGCUGCAUCAGGACGCCCAGCACUUGCAUCCAUACCAUCAGCAUCAGCACAACCCUAGCAGUAGCACUAGCAGUAGCAAUAGCAAUACCAAUCCCAAUGGCAGCAACAGCAAUGGCAUCAGCAACAGCAGCAAUAGGCAGCCCGUUCAGCGAUCAUUGUCGUCGUCCUCAAUGUCGCUCUCACUCGGGCCUCAGGCUCAAGCACAAGCACAAGCACAGGCUCAGGCUCAGGCUCAGGCUCAGCAGCAGCAGCAUCCUGCGCUGGCUGGGCUGAGCAGCAACAGCAGGAGCAGCAGCACGAGCAGCCGUGCACAGUCGCCGUCCGUCACUCAACCACCGCAGCAGCACCAUGCAUCGUACACCCAACAUCAGCAGCAUCAGCAACAACAUCAGCAGCAUCAGCAGCAUCAACAGCAGACGGGACUGGGACUGGGACCUCCGCCAUCAUCGUCAUCGUCCACUCCAGCAGCAGCAGCAGCAGCAGCAGCAGCAGCCUCGUCCUCAGCCUCAGCGUCGCUGGUGCAUCAGCAUUACCAUCACAUGCAGCAACAACAGCAGCAGCAACAGCAGCAGCAACUCCAGCAGCAGGAGUUUGAUCUUCAGUUGCUGGGCCACCCACAGCCAGGCUUUGCCAUCUCUGCAUCGAUUGACAGCGUCAAGCUACAGCAACUGCAACAACUCCAACACCAGCAUCAGCACCAGCACCAGCACCAGCACCAGCAUCAGCAUCAGCACCAGCAUCAGCAUGCGCAGCACUCGGCGGCGCAGGACGACGCGCUCCAACUCGCUCAACUCCAGCAGCAGCAGCAGCAGCAGCAGCAGCAGCAGCAGCACUUUCAGCAGCCGAUUCCACCGCAGCAACAACAGCAACAGCAACAACAGCAGCAACAGCAACAACAGCAGCAGCGGACGGCAACAGCGCCAUCGCUUAGUCCAUCGUUGCGAACAGCAGGCAGCUCUCAGACAAGUCUGCCGCCUCUGCCUCGGCAAGCGCCUCGUGCCAGCCAACCCGUCGGCAGUCAGACUCCUGGUCAGGCCAUCGACACUGAUCGGAUGUUGAUGCUCUAUGUGCACGACUUUCUGCAAAAGCGCAACCUCCACCGGGCAGCUCAAGCCUUUGCGAUCGAAGCACAAGUGCUCCAAGAGGAAAUGAUUGUCUUUGACGUGCCUGGCGGGUUUUUGGCAGAGUGGUGGGGCGUGUUUUGGGACGUUUUCAACGCUCGCUCAAACAAGCCUGCCUCUUCCAGCGCCAAACCGAGCAAAGUGCGUCAGCUGCUCAACACGGCCAAAGUCCCGGCAGACCCGGCAUUACGAGCCGUUUUCGGUCAGCCGCUCCGCAUUGACGAGUUUGGUCGGCAGAAUUCUUCUGCAGCAGCAGGACCUCUCAACCCUCAGCUGCUCACCACCCUUGGCAAAAGCGGCGGUCUGCUCAACAAUAACUUGCUGCCACCUGGCCGCCGUUCGCUUGGAGGGGGUCCGCUGUCCUCCUUGAGCCCGAGUCAUGACUUUGCUGAGCCCAUGAGCACGGACGAAGCAAACCCGUCUGCCACCUUGUUGUCGAAAGUACCACUCAAUUCGACAACCUCCUCCCAAAUCCAGCUCUUGCAACAACAGAUGCUCCAACAACAGCAACAGCAACUCAUCGACGCCCAUCCGAACAAGCGUGCCAGGGUAGACGACUCGUUCGAUGGAGCUACCAGCGGCGCACGAAUACUCUCGAACAACAACAACAACAACAACAGCAACAACGCUGCCGCUCUGCAUGGGAAUCGUUUGCUGCACGAUCUCCAAUUGCAACACGACGACCUUCAAAUGCAAAACUUUCUAUUGUCGCAACCCAGCAACCCGUUUGGCCCUGCUUCUCACGGUCCCGCUCUGAGUCACAAGUUUGACAGCGCCACUGAUCCGUCGAUUUCCGAGCUGCUCGGUGACGCCCGCCUCCCGAACGAUGACUUUGCCAAAUUGGCUGCGACACCAAACGCAAACUUUGAUUUUACCAACUCGAUGGCUUCCCACAGCAACAGCUCCCUCACAUUGGACGGAACAAUGGACCACCUCGGAAUUCAAACCCUUCGAAAUCCAAGCUCUUCCGACUCUUUCGAGCGCCUGCAGCUUGAUAAGCAGCUCUUGCAGUUUCAGCAAUUACAGCAACUGCAGCAACUGCAGCAAUUGCAGCAACAGCAACAGCAAUUGCACCAACAACAGCAACAACAACAGCAACAACAACAACAACAGCAAUCACAGCAAUUACAGCAACAGCAAUUACAACAACAACCCAACUCGCUCAAAAAUGGAGCAAGCAGCCUCAAUGCUGCUUCGCCGUCUGUUGAGGCAUCAGGACCGAAUUCGACGGCGAAUACCACGGGACGCAGACACUCUCGAGGUGGUGGCGCCAAAGCGGCGAGUCGUCCUCGCGUGACUGCGAAGCGAUCCUUUGAUACCCCGGACGACGACGAACGCGAUGGCACGUGGAAGAGUGGUCAAAAGGAAGGGCGUGCGUCAAAGCGAGCACCCAAAGUGGCCAAGGCGUCUGUCGCAGUUUCAACCCCCAACGAAGCGACAACCUCAUCUUCUGAAGCCGCUCCCGCAGCUCCCGGCCCUACUGAAUCCCCUCCUCGACAACAAGAGGCUUCUGAGGGCGAUAUGGUCGACGAUACAGCUGCUUUUGCCAUCGCGGAAGGCCUCCCAGCCCCGUCAGACGGGUCUAGCCAGCAGGCGAGCGCAGACGAAGAGGGCAACGCCGAUCCGUCGCGUUCUACCCCCUCGGAGAGCAGCGAGAAAACGGAUGCUUCAGCUUGGGAGCUUGGUUUGCCGGAAUCUGCAGCAGCACCAGCUGCAGCCGACCCAUCAGCGCAAGACGAUGGUUUGCUGACUUCUAUGGUACGGGAUCAAUCACUUUCGCUUUGUUGA